AUGACAGCGGAGAAGGUGCAAGUCGUUGAAGAUGCAGAAGCUGAGGAAAUUCAACUCUACAAUAUUCCAGUCCUCCAAAUGCUCAAAGCCGCUCAGCAAGAACAUGGUCUCCGUCACCGCGAUUAUCAGCGCUACCGUCGUUACUGCAACAACCGUUGCCGACGAAUUCGCAAGUUUCUGAAAUUUCGCCAGGGCGAAAAGAAACGCGUUGUGCCUCGAAAAGUCACUGAAUAUGAAGCGAAGCAGAAUGCUCUUUUCGUCCACUUAUGCAUCAUGGGAAUCGAGCAGGAUUGGGCCUACUCGAUGGAGCUCAAGCACGACGACGGAGCUCGCUCUCGGCAUCACAUGCGCAACAAGCUCCGAAAAGCUUCCAAGAAAGCUAACGAACUUACAUCCCUCCUCGAAUCUAUUGCUGAUCAAUGCGACUCGCGAACAACACUCGAAGUCCAAGCUUACUGUGCAUUUAUCACCGCCACUUGGGCGUUCGAGCAGCAAGACUGGCCUGUCUGCUUUGCCAAGUUCAAAUCCGCGCAAACGAUUUACAAUUCUCUCGCUGGAACUUUAGCAGCUGAUGAAGCAGAAGUGUACUCCAAGGCGUCGCAAGAGAUCGAGCCUUCUCUCCGCUACUGCCAGUACAAUUUGAACGAGUCAUCCGAUGGAGCAAAGAUGCAGGACUUUAUCGGCAAAGGCAACCAGCUGAUCGAUGGAAAAGUUUCGGAGCACUUGGCCAAGUUGAAAAUAGAAGAAUCGGAAAAUUUGAACGUAACCGAGUGGCGUGGAAGAAAGAUUGCAGUGAAAAACGAGUCCGUCCGGGUCUUUUUGCUCAAUUAUCGCGAGUUCAUGGAUGGGAUCGGCGAUAUUGCUGCGGAAGAGCUUCAGGAUAAAUACGUAGAAAUGCUGAUGGAAGCUGGAGAAGCGAUCGACACAGUCAAAGGGGAGCUUAGACUUGAUGCUGCUCAUAGAACUGUAAUUGAAAAGGGUCAGACACCGCAGAAUGAUCUUUUCCUUUAUUUGAACCAUAUCAAGUUGGAAGUUACACUCGGUCGAUAUGGAAUCAUUGCCUCAAACGCAUCGAAAAUGAACGAGCUCUCUCGUGUUUACGAGCAAACUGUCCAGUAUAUUUCUGAAUUCAUCAAGAAAUGCUACGAAGCUGAUAACUCUGAGCUUGGAGAUGAGCUCGACUCAGAAAAGAACACGUAUUUGGCUGCCUGUAGAUACUACCAAUCCCAACAGGCGUUUGAAAUGGGAAAACUAAAAGAAGCAGGCGCAUUGACUCUCAAAGCUCGUCAAUGUCUUGAAGCGUCGGAGCCGAAACGCGAAGCAACCAGAACUCUUCACUCAUCGAUCUCCUCUCAAGUUCAAUCAUUCUCUUCUUCAAUUCAAGCUGCGCUUGUACUCCCCGCAACUCAGUCUACUCAAAAAGACAGCUCAUUCGACAAAGAAAACGUGCUCAAGAAUCUCAGCGAUUUCGGCGCUCAAUUCGGGACAAUUGAAUUCCCUCCUGCGUUGAAGCCGAUUCCCGCGAAAGCGACACUUUUUGACAUCGCCGGAGACAAAGUCUUUGACUUCCCGAAUCUCGAAGAUAAAGUGGAGAAGAAACAGUCCGCCGAAGCUAAAGGAAUCACAGGAAGACUUGGCGGCUGGCUCGGAUGGGGCGCCAAGUAG